CUAUUAUUUAUAUUAAUAGAGACAUUAAUAGAACAAGACUGCGCAUAAUUGAAUAUUUAUGCGUAAUAAUUUUAUCUUGGAAUUUCACUAAAAUACGCUACGAACUUUUGUUACAACCCGAUAUAUGAUAUAUUACAUUUUUUCCUAUGAAAUUAAUAUAACGAGUUAAAACGCUUGUUUGGCAAUCGGAGAAAAACAUAAAUGAAGAAGUUGGAAUAAUUGUCAUUUGAUUUGGCGAAAUAUUACGCGGGCUUGCUUGAAAAUGGCGGAUUGGUCAGCCUGCGAUUAGACGUAUCUAGUUAUUUCAUAACCACUCUGUUUCUCGGAGCCGCUGUCGUCAUGUGUCACGGGCUCACGGCGCGCGAAUGGAUCUUUCAAAAAGCGUCUCUCGUCGAGAGCGGACGGGGCAGGUGCGCGCAAAGGGACCUCCGCACGUCGUUAAACUGACAACCGCGAGGAGGAAAGCGCGUUUCUCCUUUCCCGCAAUGCCCCUGUGAAUUACAGCAAGGUCUCGUCACGCGUUCUUAUCGUGGAAUCGGAACGCGCACCUCUCUAAUUUUAACGUGUGUAAUAUUCUACAGUCAUGUCUUGCUGCCUCGUCAAGAAGAGUAUUAAUAUAAAUUAUUUGUUCCACACGCUGACGCGUGUUCAACCUGUGAUAUGCAUUCCAAGGUGUGGCUAUGCUCACUCCUUGUCUCACGAUAUAAAGGUAGACCUGAACGAUGGGCCGGUACUGAGCGUACUGAGACAGAAAAUAGAGAGGGGCGAGCUGAUGGAUGAUGUGCAUCAGAUAAACGUAGCGCAGAACCUGCAGAGAAUAUACCAAGAGAUACAUGAUUACAAGCCACAGCAGUUAAAUCUCUUGGAGAAAUGGUUUGGCACCAAGAGGAGGGAGGCGCCGAAGGGGUUGUACAUUUAUGGAGCAGUGGGUGGAGGUAAAACAAUGUUGAUGGACCUAUUUUACAAUUGUUGCCAGAUCGAGAACAAGAAAAGAGUUCACUUUCACUCCUUCAUGUUGGACGUACAUAGUAAAGUCCACGAGGUGAAGAAGACCAUUGUACGAGACGUCACUAGCACGAAGCUACAACCUUUCGAUCCGAUACGUCCGGUUGCAUCCAGUAUCGCGGACGAGACUUGGCUGCUAUGCUUCGAUGAAUUUCAGGUGACGGAUAUCGCGGACGCUAUGAUAUUGAAGCGACUGUUCACUGAACUCUUCGACAACGGCGUGAUAGUGGUCGCGACCAGCAAUAGAUCGCCGGACGAGUUAUACAAGAACGGAUUGCAGAGGGGAAACUUUGUGCCGUUCAUAAAAGUGCUGAAGGAUCAUUGUCUCGUUAGUAACUUGGAUUCCGGAAUAGAUUACAGAUUGAGAUCGGGAUCUGGAGACAAAAAAAUAUAUUUCAUAAAAGGUAAAGAUGCGGCGAAUGAUGUGGACAACGUGUUCAAGUAUCUGUGCUCGAUGGAAAACGAUGUGGUGCGGUCGCGAACAAUUACCAUUAGAGGACGCAAUGUUACUUUCCGAAAAACCUGCGGGCAGGUGCUCGAUUCGACGUUCGAAGAAUUGUGCGACAGACCUCUCGGAGCGAGCGACUAUCUGAAAUUGAGUCAAGUGUUUCAUACGGUCAUAAUAAGGGAUGUACCGCAGUUGAAUUUGCGACUCAAGUCUCAGGCCAGGCGAUUUAUCACGCUUAUUGACACGUUGUACGAUAACAGAGUGCGGGUGGUCAUGUCAGCAGCUGUACCACAUACGCAACUAUUUCUGCCUGAAGCCGAGUCCGAAUACACCGAUGAGAAAAGAAUGCUGAUGGAUGAUUUGAAGAUUUCGCAUGGCUCGGAGGACCAUAAAGCAAAUAUUUUCACCGGGGAGGAAGAACUCUUCGCUUUUGACCGUACUGUGUCACGGCUGGCCGAGAUGCAGACUUCACAGUAUUGGGAACAGUGGGAACAUCACAGAUAAUGAUAGUUUCACCUAGUGCAAGUAGAUUUCUGUAGCUUUAUAUAAAUUCAUGAACUUGAACGAAUGCCGAGAUACUAUUUGUAUGACACGAUCUCAUAGGCACAGUUACUUAAAUUUUUCUUAGAUUUUUUUCUGUGUACUUUUCAAGAUCUAACUUUCAAGCUUUGUCAGUAUUUCAUUUGUUUUCGCGCGCGUGUGUGUGUAAAGGUAAACUUUGAAAUAUAAUAUUUAUUUAUUUAUGAGUAGUAAAAGGUACAUGUGUUACGAGUACUAAAACUGUUUAAGCUCUAAUCCAAAUGUAGAUCUGCAUUUGUAUAUAUGUAAAGUCUCAAUUACAUAAAAUUUUCCAGUAGCUUGUGUUGAUCACCUGCUUUUUAAUAAUUGAGAUCGCUGAUAACUUUUAUAGUUUAAAUACUUAUCGGUAGUUAUCGACGAACGGUCAGUUAGCGUUCUUUAAUUAUCUGCAGACUCAAUAGGCCCACAGAAUCCGUUUCAAGAUAAAAGUUGACGCAAUUUUGCACAUAAUUCUUCGAAAUAUUGUCUGGCUCGCAACAUGAAGAAUACAGAUAAACUCGCUUCUUCUUUGUAGUCGACAACUGCAAACUAGUUUUUACAAUUUUGAAUAAAAUUCUUAUCACAUUU